GCACAUCGCCGUCGCACUCUUUGUCGACGGCCGGAACAUGACGAAAAAAGUAGCAGCAGCAAUGCCAAUCACAAUCAAGCCCACCAAUCGUCAUCGCAAACUUAGCCUGCUGCCGCCUCGAGGUACACAGCAUCACCUGCUUCUACUACUAGUACCUGCCACGCCGAAUCCAGCAGUCACUCAGUCACGACCUCUCAUCUUGGACUCAUUUAGUGCUUUCUCUGCCAUGCAUCCCCUAAUGCCAACGGCCAUUAAUAUUGCAGCAUCGGUAAACACAUGAUUUUUGUUGUGUAUAGCUCUUUUUUUAUCUCUUUGAAUUGCUGGUGUCUUUUGCUAGUCCAUCAAUCACCAUUUAAAAGAGGUCUUUUCCAUUUCCGCGACUUCCUCACCCUCGGCUUGGUUUCAACAUUAUACUUAAAAGCCUCUUCAAGUGCAAAUCCUGGUGCUGCACGAAGGAUGUUUCCUCGUAGUCCGGUCACUCCGUCAAUAUCAAUCCUGGGUAUUUGGCACUGACUGUGUAGGUUUGACGGAGCUCACAACAAUGGUCAAGGAUCACCUACUCGGAAGCCUACCUGUCGCAUCUACAACUUUGGAAUCAGAUUUAAAUAUAGGCGCGCCAAAGAAGUGCCCGAGAACUGGAUGGGGUGGUCAAAACAGUGAGUCACCGACUAUCGUGCACCCUGAGACGCGUCCGGUUCUUUAGUCUGUUUCUUCAGAGAUCCGUAUCAUUUCUUUCGACAGCCAUGGUCUCAUUUCUAGCAAUGUGGCAAGU